AUGGCUCUCUUGGCCUCUCUGUCUAAUAUUCUUGAUUCCAAGCAACAGAAGGACACACAAGUCCCGCCAGAAAUAUUGGCUGUUGUGGAGGAGCUGAAAAAAUAUUUAGCUGAACAAAAGAAAAUACGCGAUGAAGUUGCCAAAACUUCAAACAAGCAACUCGACGAUCUUUCGACAGAGCUUCAAGAAUUGCAAAGAUCAGUUACGUGUACUUUAUCUGGCCUACGACGACAAAAUGUUAAAUCUUCACAUUUAAGCGAGGAAAUCCUUCAGUUAGAAAGAAAUACGGGAAUUAUUCAGCGUUCUCUUGACAUGUCUUCUGAUUUUGCCCAGAACUCUCCCGAAAUAAAUGAGUAUUUUAAGAAUUGUAUCUCAUCAUUCAGCAAUCGUGUACAAACUUACAAGCAGGAGGUUCUAGCUAUUGAAAAUUCUCUUUCAUCAAGAGCGAAGUCUAAUUUAACACCUAAAGAACUGUCUGAUAUUUUGCGAAAACUAGAUGACACAUUUAUGGCCCUUGCAGCUCAACUGUACUCUCUAAAUGAGCAGCUUAGUGUACCCAAAGCGCAGAUUCUUCGUCAGUAUCAGAGUCUGGACAGUGGCAAAAUUAUCGCGUCUUCAACUGCGGCGUCCAUGUCUGUAUUUGACGAAAUUCUUUUUGAAUCGGAGAAGAAAAGUGCUAAUACGCCAUAUGGUCCUUCGCCUUUUUCUACAGGUACAGUGACCACUGGUGCACAGGCUGCUACGGCAACUUCAGGUCUCCCAUCCCUCGGGUUGGUCGCUCAACAACCUUCGACAGUUACUACGACCACAUCAGCAUCAGCAUUUUCGUUAUCAGCCUUGAAACCAUCAAGUGGUGCAAGCUCUUUCAGUCUUGGAGGGACUACGACUGCUUCCGCACUAUCCUCCACCGGAUUCUCUCUAGGUGGAUUUGGAGCUAAAACGUCUACCUCUACAUCUUCCACUGCAUUCUCUUUCGGUUCGAACACACUUGCCGCCUCCCCCGGGACGACGACAACAAACUCUAUAGGUUUUGGUCUUAGUUCGGCACCUGCUCAAUCUAGCACUGGGUUCGGAUUUGGAACUUCUUCUAUAGCCACAACUACUACAGCUUCAACUGGCUUUGGGUUUGGAACUGGAAACACGGGGGGUUCCAUUUUCGGUUCUCCGGCUACUAAACCAAGCCUCUUUGGAUCGAAAUGA